GGAAAGAGUGGACCAAACAAGGCUUUAUCACACGUAGAGAUAGAGAAACGAAAAAACGACACAUUGAGCUGACGCUGGGGAGAGCCUUGGACCCAGAAACUCUAAUCUUGCCCAAAAAAACAAAAAUAAAAAAGGGAUUUUUAUUAAAGGAACGGAGAAAAGGUUUGUGGAUUUCGAGACCAAAUCAUCGGGCACUUUCUUCGGUUUCUUGUGGAUAAAAAAUGAGUACGCUGGAUGCAAGUAGAGCAGAACUUGCUCUUAUAGUUUUGUAUUUGAAUAAGGCUGAAGCAAGGGAUAAGAUAUGCAGGGCUAUACAAUAUGGUUCGAAAUUCUUGAGUAAUGGGCAGCCUGGCACAGCCCAAAAUGUUGACAAGUCAACCAGUUUGGCUCGGAAAGUUUUCCGUCUUUUUAAGUUUGUCAAUGAUUUGCAUGGUCUUAUUAGCCCGGUUCCUCAAGGAACUCCCCUUCCGCUUGUUCUUCUGGGAAAGUCAAAGAAUGCACUGUUGUCAACUUUCUUAUUUCUGGAUCAAAUUGUCUGGUUUGGCAGAUCAGGCAUCUAUAAGAACAAAGAACGAGCUGAGCUGAUUGGACGAAUAUCCCUUUUCUGUUGGAUGGGUUCCUCAAUCUGUUCCACCUUGGUUGAGCUUGGGGAGCUUGGAAGGCUAUCUGCAUCAAUGAAGAAGUUGGAAAAGGAUCUUAAGAACAGUGAUAAAUACAAGAAUGAGGAAUACCGUGCCAAGCUCCUAAAAUCAAAUGAGAGGACAAUAGCUCUUGUUAAAGCAGGGAUGGAUAUAGUGGUAGCUGUUGGGCUUCUUCAAUUGGCACCUAAGAAAGUCACUCCUCGUGUAACAGGAGCCUUUGGAUUUGUUUCAUCUCUCAUCUCCUGUUACCAGUUACUUCCAUCACCGCCCAAGUCCAAGACACACUGAAGUAGGGAAGCCUGUUUUGCAGAACAAGCUUGAGUAUGAUUUGAAUAAUUUAAUUGAACCUUUGCCUAAAGUUCAUAUUGUAAGCUUUGAAGAAUUUGUCAACCUGGGGUGACCUGGAAAAUUCUCUCCCUAUUUAGCACCACUGUUGUCGCAAUUCCUUUCGAGCACUCAAACAAAAAUAAUACUAAUAGAUAUCUUGCUGUCAUUUGUUGACAUUUCAUGAA